AUGGCCAUUGUAUGGACUUUCCCAAUCCCUAUUACUUGGAAAACAGACACGCCAGUAUGGGUUAAACAAUGGCCGCUAAAACGGGAAAGUCUGCAACACGCUCAUGAACUCGUGAAUGAGCAGUUCAAACAAGGACACUUAAAACUUUCAACAAGUCCGUGGAACACUCCAAUAUUUGUUAUUUGGAAAAAGUCAGGAAAAUAUCGCUUGUUGUAUGAUUUGCGUGCCGUUAAUGAGCAAAUGGAGCCUAUGGGCGCUCUGCAACCCGGCUUGCCCAAUCCUGCAAUGAUCCCUGUGGAGUGGCCAUUAUUAAUUAUUGAUUUGAAAGAUUGUUUCUUCACUAUUGCACUGCAUCCUAAAGACACCAAAAGAUUUGCCUUCACCCUACCUGCCUUAAACAGGGAAGGGCCUGAUCAACAUUUUGAGUGGACACUGUUACCGCAAGGCAUGCGCAAUAGCCCCACAUUGUGCCAGUUAUAUGUCGACUCUGCCCUACAACCCCUCCGACGAUAAUGGACUAAUACAGUCAUUUAUCGUUAUAUGGACGAUAUUCUAUUCGCCCAACCAACACCAUUCUCAGAUGCUCAAGUGACGAACAUUCAAGAAACAUUGGCCCGGUUUCAUCUCAUAAUAGCACCGGAAAAAGUGCAGCGAACAGUCCCAUGGAAGUACUUGGGAUGGAAGCUAUCCGAGCAAAUAGUGACACCACAAAAGUUACAGCUGCAUACACGCCUCUCGACAUUAAAUGAUGCUCAAAAACUGCUAGGCGACCUCCAAUGGUUAAAGCCUGUAGUCGGUAUACCGAAUGAGCUAUUAGAUGAAUUACGGCCACUGUUAAAAGGGUCUGACCCCACGCAACCGAUACAGAUCUCGCCGGAACAACGGCGUGCUCUUCAGCAAAUUACAAACUGUGUAACACAAGGGCAAGUAUGCCGACAAGACCCUGCUUUACCUAUAGACCUUACAGUAUGGUGCAAUACCAAAUAUCUCCUUGGUGCCUUAACUCAAACGUGCCAAAAGAAAACGGGGGAGGAGCUAUGGGUGUUGGAAUGGAUUUCUCCCGCAUUACAGCAAACUAAAACUCUUGUGCAGAAAGUUGAAAUGUUGGCAGACUUAAUAAAGAAGGGGUGCGAGAGAACCUUGCAAAUAACUGGCGCAGAACCUCACACUUUGAGGAUACCAGUGAAAAGGGACUCCUUCCAGUGGUACAUAAAUAACAGUGAGGAAUUGCAAGAAGCACUCUUAGGUGCAAGCGGUAUUAUUAAAUUAGAGAAGCCGAAACACGCACCAUUACAGUGGAUUGAGAGUUGGGACUGGAUUACACGACCCAAGAAGGAAAGCGUUCCCAUCCAAAAUGCUUUGACGGCGUACACCGAUGCUGGAAGGAAAUCUCGAACAGCAGCGAUAACAUGGCAGGAGAAGGAUGCAUGGAAACAUAAAAUCUUGCAUGGAAAAGAAACAGACACCUUGCAGACUAUGGAACAUCUUGCUGUGGUGUGGGCUAUGUGGAACUCGAAAGGACCACUAAAUAUAGUUACCGAUUCGCUGUACGUCGCUGGUAUAGUGGAAAGAAUUGAAGAGGCCUCGAUCAAAGAAGUCCAAAACCCACGAUUGUUUGAACUGCUCCUACAACUUCAAAAGGCUACGAAGCUUAGGGAACACGCUUAUGCUGUCAUCCACAUUAGAAGCCAUAAAUGGGAAAUUGGUUUAGGCGAAGGCAAUGCUAGAGCAGACAAAUUAGUGGCAAUAGCCCAGGCCACGCCGUUAUCAAAACAAAUGCUAGCCAGGGAAGCUCACUCUAUGUUCCAUCAGAAUGCCAGAGGUUUAUGGAAAGAAUUUCAAAUUCCUAUAACGGAGGCAAAAGCAAUAGUCAGGGCCUGCCCUAUCUGCAGUCAUCACAAUGGGGGCUGUGGGUUAGGAUUAGGUGUAAACCCACGAGGAUUGGCUGCAAAUGAAGUUCGGCAGAUGGACAUUACUCAUGUAUCCAGUUUUGGGCGUUUAAAAUAUGUACAUGUAACCAUAGACACUUACAGCAAGUUUAUCUGGGCAACAGCGCAAACAGGAGAAAAAGGCAUCCAUGUAGAACGGCACCUUUACAGUUGCUUUGCAGUAAUGGGGACUCCAAAAGAGAUAAAAACAGAUAAUGGACCCGCCUAUACUAGCAAGAGAAUAGAACAGUUCCUAAGAUCACGGGGGGUUGAACAUAGCACUGGAAACCCAAAUUCUCCAACAGGACAGGCCAUAAUAGAGAGGGCAAAUGGUACGCUAAGGAGGUACCUAUCUAAAUAUGAAAACAUUAGGGAUCCCCAUGCGAAAUUGUUAAAAGGAUUAUUUGUCAUUAAUCAUUUGUGUGUAUUCGGGGAGUCAGAACAGCCUCCUGCUCUCAUCCAUUAUGGUCCCACGAAAACUAAAACAGAAGGAAAGGAGACAUCGGGACGGUAUGGGUACCAGCGAGAUGGACUAAGCCCGUCCUCGAUGCUACGAACGUUCCCGGAAUUAGUGAAAGAAGACAAUCAGAGGAUUGAAGAAAAGCUCCUUAUCAUUUCAAAGCCUCUCCUGCAACAGAUAGGACAUUAUUCAAACACUAUUGAUAAAGUAGUGAAACAUCCUCGCACUCUUGGAGAACUUGAGGACACUGUCAGGGAAUUACAGGACUCCGGUGUUCAGGGGCCACCCGGGAAAAAUUGUCUUGUCUGUACCAGUUCCUCGUGUGCAGCCAGAUUCGAGAGCUAUGGUGCAAUAGCUGCACACACUACUACCAUGCAGAUAAUUGGCAAAGGGAGUUGCAAAGUCAAACAAGGCUAG